AUGAAUCACGAUAGUUUCUCUUUAAAAUUUCGGCGGCAGUCAAGCAAGCUUCACAAAGAUCCUCCUAGCUUUAGUUCUCGAAUCCUCAAGAGCCAACAAAGUAACACCUCUCUCAAACGCCAUCCCUCCGCCCCAGUCUAUCCACGUUCGUCUGCCGCCGGCAGUCGAGAGCACUCGCGCACACGAUCCAACGCAUACGGCUCCUCUUCGUCCUCUGUCGACCAAAAUAAUAGCGGGGGCCCGUCACCGGUCAUUGCUGGCAACGAUACUGCCCAGCCAUCUGCCAACUUUUACUCCGGCAAAGCCCGUCCACCCCACUCGGGACGAUUUUCUCUGACCGAACAAAGCUCAGAUGAAUUGAUUGGCGCCCCGUUUGAUACCCGGGGCAUGCUCAGUGCUCUCGACGAGAACAGUGCCGAACCCGUUGGAACCCUCUCCGAGAAACCUCCGACCCUACGAUCUCAAACCACCCCGGACCCUCGUGGUCUCAGACAGUCAGCCAGUUUCACCACUCUACACAACCGGAUGGAUAAUCUCGUGAAUCGGACGGACAAUGAUCGCCCCGCGAAUACGAAACGGUAUUCCGACGAAGGGGGCGCUCCCCGGCCGCUAGGGACCGGGAGAAGCAAGAAGAGCAGCUUCUCCCACUUCGUCAACAGCAUGCUAGGCUCUCCGCGUGGCAUCAAAAUCUCCGCCCCCGAGAAUCCCGUCCAUGUUACCCACGUCGGUUAUGACAACCAGACGGGUCAGUUCACGGGUUUGCCCCGAGAAUGGCAGCGGUUGCUGCAGGAGAGCGGUAUCUCGAAGAAGGAACAGGAGGAACACCCGCAGACCAUGGUGGAUAUCAUGCGGUUCUACGAAAAGAAUGCUCGUGGUGACGACGAGGUGUGGCACAAGUUCGACCACGCAUAUCCGCAACCACAGUUGAUUACAACGGCGACGUCUCAACCCGGCUCCGGCGGGUCUACGCCGCAAGGAUCUGGUGCUCAGCGAACCUCAUCUCCGACGAGUCCUCGAUUCCCUCAAAACCAUGAAGGGAGUUUUGAAAAUCCACGGGCACCGCCUCCCAUUCCCCGUGGUGCUUCGGUUGGCCAAGCCAUGUCCCCGCCAAUGGGUGGCGGUGGCCUCAUCCCUAAUCGGGCCCCGCCAAAGCCUCCGGCGCCCGCCAAUAUGACUCCUGCCCGACCGGCACCUCCGGUGGCUACCAGUCCGUACGGUGGUGCCUCGAACCGGCCGGUUCAGGAUCCUUUUGCCAACCAGUUCGGUACGCCACCUAUUCCGGAGACCGAGCCGUUGCCGUCCGAGUCUCAACCCAGCCGAUCCAACUCGAAAACCAACGGGUCGCAGGCGGCAUGGGCGCCUCCGGCGGUCGUGGCCACGCCGGUGCAGUACCAACAGCAGCAGGAGCAUGCCCUUGCCGCAGCCCAACAAGCAAUCGCCAGCAAACAGCUUGAACGCAGCCGCAGCCAACGUCAGCAGCAGCAACAACAACAGCAGCAGCAGCAGCAGCAGCAGCAACAGCAACCCCGACCGGAACAGAAACAAACCGCGCAGCCCCCGCCUCCGCAACAUGUCACUCCCGUGGAUGACCCUUCCCGUGCCCCUCCCGCAGCUCGACCCCGGCAGCGGCCCCGUCAGAGCACUGCUAUGGAUAUUCGGUCUCGACUGGUCGCGAUCUGUACCCCCGGAGAUCCGAGCAAGAUGUAUCACACUCUCAACAAAAUUGGUCAGGGUGCAUCGGGCGGUGUCUAUACUGCCUAUCAGAACGGCACCAACAACUGUGUUGCUAUCAAACAAAUGAAUCUCGACUUGCAGCCGAAGAAGGAUCUGAUCAUCAAUGAGAUCCUCGUGAUGAAAGACAGCAAGCACAGGAAUAUCGUGAAUUUCCUGGACAGUUACCUCCACGGUCUGGACCUGUGGGUGGUGAUGGAGUACAUGGAAGGCGGAAGUUUGACUGAUGUCGUCACUUUCAACAUCAUGAGUGAAGCCCAGAUCGCGGCUGUGUGCAGAGAGACGCUUAAUGGGUUGCAGCACCUGCACUCGAAAGGUGUCAUUCAUCGUGAUAUCAAGUCUGAUAACAUUCUUCUUUCAAUGGAUGGCAAUAUCAAAUUAACCGACUUUGGUUUCUGUGCCCAAAUCAACGACUCCCACAACAAGCGCAACACAAUGGUCGGCACACCCUAUUGGAUGGCCCCUGAAGUCGUCACCAGAAAGGAAUACGGCCGAAAAGUCGACAUUUGGAGUUUGGGUAUCAUGGCAAUCGAGAUGAUCGAAGGCGAACCUCCUUAUCUCACGGAAUCCCCCCUGCGGGCGCUCUACCUGAUUGCCACGAACGGUACACCCAAGAUCAAAGACGACCACAACUUGUCGCCCGUCUUCCGGGAUUUCCUCUCCCUUGCGCUGAAAGUAGACCCGGAAAAGCGAGCAUCGGCACAUGAUUUGCUGAAGCAUCCAUUCAUGUCCUUCUGCGCACCGCUCAAUCAUUUGUCUCCCCUGGUCAAGGCCGCGCGCGCUAGCCGGGCCGCUGAAAAGGCUCAAAAGGGGGGCUAA